CAACGUUGUAAAACGAAACAAAUAGCUAGCACCAUAAGAUGAUAAAAUGCCGAUUUGCCGGCUCAUCAGUGAUGAGAAUAGUCAUAAACCAAUUCGGCUGCCACACCAACAGACAGUUGUCCUGGGUCGAGGUCCAGAGACGACUAUUAAAGACAGAAAAUGCUCUCGGCAGCAAGUUGAAUUUAAAGCAGAGUGCAACAAAGGUUAUGUUAAAGUUAAACAGCUGGGCGUGAACCCCACCUCCAUAGAUUCUGUGGUGGUGGGUAAGGACAAUGAGGUAAAAAUGAAAGCUGGACAGCAGCUUCAUAUAGUCAACCAGCUCUACCCAUACACUGUACAGUUCAAGGAGGAUCCCACCGGGCACUAUGGCGGCACCAAAAGACCACGACAACUGUCUUCAGAGGACAGAGAGAGCCUCAGAGAGGAUCAGAGUGUGAAAGCAGCCAAAAAGACAGAAACGGUCUCCGUUUCAGUCAGUGUUGGAGAAGCCACAAAAAGCACUGUAAGAGAAGGAAGGAAGAAAGAAAGUUUUGGACAUUGGAGCCAAGGUCUGAAGACAUCAAUGAAUGACCCAAAGAUGCAGGUAUACAAGGAUGACAAGGUAGUGGUUAUCAAAGAUAAAUACCCCAAAGCUCGCUAUCACUGGUUGGUCCUCCCGUGGCAGAUCAUUUCCAGUCUGAAGGCCUUAAGUGAGGUGCACUGCGAUCUGGUGAAACACAUGCAGCAAGUUGCUGACCAGAUUGUUCGGCAGUGCCCAGAUGCUGGCUUGCUACGUUUCCGUACUGGAUACCAUGCCAUCCCCAGUAUGAGUCAUGUACACCUCCAUGUAAUCAGCCAAGACUUUGACUCUCCUUGUUUAAAGAACAAAAAACACUGGAACUCAUUUACAACUGACUAUUUCAUGGAGUCUCAUGAUGUCAUUCAGAUGCUUGAAACGAAUGGAAGAGUUGAUGUGAAAGAAGGAACCAGCGAGUUGUUAAAACUAGCUCUCCGCUGUCACAUGUGUCUCAAAGAUAUUCCUACUAUACCAGCUCUGAAGGAGCACCUAAAGUCUCACUUUCCCAGCUAAGAAAGUGACCUUAAAGGGAAUACAUGCCUCAGAUGACUGAAGUGGGUUGGGCACGAUUCAAUUGGGUCAAUUCUGAUUCAUGGUUUAUAUAUAAAAUACAUGAUGUCACAGGAACACAUUGUCGUGGCUGCAGUUGCAUUUUCAACUCGUUAUUUUCUUCACUAGGUUUUAAGAAGUGUUUCUUCAGUUAUUUGCAAAAAUGUCCAACUGUGAAAUGGCAUAUUUUUGGUAAUAAUAUUCCCACAUUUCACAUUUAAAUUCUGUAUUAAAUGUUUUCUAAAAAUGGAA